UUGUAAGGGCUAGAAGUAUGUGUUGGAAAGCCAUUUGAUGACUAAGCAAGUCUAGUAAGCAUGACAAAGCAAGCUAGUUAUAAGUUGCCAAGGCUAGAAGCAUGUUUUGGCAAAAUUCAUGAUGAUAAACAAGAGCUAGAAGCAUGAUGUAUCAAGAUUCUUUUAUAUUAAGCAUGAGGUGUGAAGAUUCUCUUAUCCUAAAAAAUGAGGUCUUAAACUCUCGUAAGAGUACAAUUCAAUUCUGGGAGCAAAAAUAACAAGUAGCUAAUGCAAUAAAUUACCUAUAAAUAGGGGUUGAAGUGUUACUAUUAGCUCCAUACCAAAAAUAAGAAAUCUCACUUUUUAUACAUAAUCAAGCUGAAGAAAAGAAUUAAGGGAAAAGCUAGGCAUAAGCAAGAUGAGUACUUAUGAGAUCUAUGAGGGAGCUGAAUUGAUGGGCAAGUAUGGUAUUAAUGUUCCGAAAGGCGUUGCUGUUUCUUCUGUUGAGGAAGUUAGAAAGGCCAUACAAACAACAUUUCCCAACGAAAAGGAGUUGGUGGUUAAGAGUCAAAUCCUUGCUGGUGGACGGGGCCUAGGGAAGUUCACAAGUGGUCUCCAGGGUGGAGUUCACAUUGUCAAAAUUGAUCAGGCUGAAGAGAUAGCUGGGAAGAUGCUUGGGCAGACUCUUGUCACUAAACAAACAGGCCCCCAAGGCAAAGUUGUCAGCAAGGUUUACCUGUGUGAAAAGGUAUCACUUGUGAAUGAAAUGUACUUCGCAAUCACUCUUGACCGUACAACUGCUGGCCCUCUUAUCAUUGCUUGCCGAGAGGGAGGAACCAGCAUUGAAGACCUUGCAGAGAAAUUUCCCGACAUGAUCAUAAAAGUACCUAUUGAUGUUUUCAAAGGAAUUACAGAUGAAGAUGCUGCCAAGGUUGUAGAUGGUCUUGCUCCUAAGGUGGCCGACAGAAAUGCGUCUAUAGAACAGGUGAAGAAGUUGUAUAACCUUUUCCGCGAAUCUGAUUGCACACAGUUGGAGAUCAAUCCGAUUGCAGAGACUUCUGAUAACAAGUUGGUAGCUGCUGAUGCUAAGCUAAACUUCGAUGAUAAUGCUGCUUUCCGUCAGAAAGAGAUUUUUGCUCUACGUGAUCCUUCACAGGAAGAUCCUCGUGAGGUUGCAGCCGCGAAAGCAGAUUUAAAUUAUAUUGGUUUGGAUGGGGAAAUUGGAUGCAUGGUGAAUGGCGCUGGAUUGGCAAUGGCCACCAUGGAUAUCAUAAAGUUACAUGGAGGAACCCCUGCCAAUUUCCUUGAUGUGGGUGGGAAUGCUUCUGAAGGACAGGUUGUUGAGGCUUUCAAGAUCUUGACAUCAGAUGAGAAAGUGAAAGCAAUAUUGGUAAACAUUUUCGGAGGGAUAAUGAAAUGCGACGUGAUAGCUAGCGGGAUCGUAAACGCUGCUAAACAUGUUGCGUUGAAGGUGCCGGUCGUGGUUCGUCUUGAAGGCACAAAUGUUGAUCAAGGGAAGAGGAUUCUCAAGGAAAGUGGGAUGACGCUGAUCACGGCAGAGGAUCUGGAUGAUGCAGCCGAGAAAGCAGUUAAAGCACUUAAAUCAGCGUAAAAGUAUACCACUUGCAUGUUUCGAUUCUUUUGUUACUUCGAUUGUGUAAUUCUCCGGCAGGUUUUUUUUCCUCACUUUUCUGGAAAAUAAAUACAGCAGGAAUAGUGGUUGGAGAUGUAUUGAAUUUCCAAAUUUUGGCAAAUUUAUGCUACGAAAUUGAAUAAAACCAAAACAUUUGUGAUCACAA